CUAAAAAAAAAGAGAUAUUUCAGAUUUUACAUUUGCAAAUAGAAACUAUUUCAUUUAAAACUUUUUUGUGAUCUUAAAACAAUAUACAAAUAUUACAAUUUACAAAAGAUUAAUUAUUCUCAUACAUUUGUUAUCAAAAACCUUGUCUAUAGCUCUCUCUCUUUCUUUUUCUCUCUUUGCUCAUUUGCUUUGAUUCUAAAUAUAAUAUUGAAUAUUCCAAUGUGUCCUAAUACUCCUUUACACUUGAUUCUCGCGGCAAAAAAGUAUAUAGUGAGAAAUUUAAUUUAAAACAAGACAUUUCACAUUUGACGUCAAGUCGUUGAGGCAUUAGUAUUACGUUCGCCCUUUUCAUCUUUACGUAUAACCACAACCAUCUAAUCUGUAGUUGUGUCCUUCUCAUGCUCGUUAAUCGUCAGUGAAUCUUAAUGAUUGUUAAACAUGCUUCAUAUCGUUUCGCUGUGAUAAAAAUAUUUCCACAAAAUUAAAGUAAUCAAACAUCCUAAUUAGUCGUAAUUGCUACAGCUUAAACAUUUUUUCAAGAACGCUAAUUAUUCCCGUAUCUACAUAUCUAUUGUCGCGUGACAUCUGACAAAUGUCUUCUCUCUCAUUGUCAGUCAGAGCCAUCAUAAAUAUCAAUUACAAUUAUCCCCUAUUAACAGUGCGUCGAGUCGGUCUUUAAAAGCACGCAGCUGCUAGAGAAAGAUUCAAUGUCAUAUUCGAACUUGAAACUACUAGAACGCGUUGAUAUGAAUUACAAUGGAUUAAUAAUUCGUAUAGAUAUUUUAAAUUAAUUAAAAAUACGUUGAUCAUAAUCAUUUUACGCAUUAUAACUUUAAAAAGAUAACAAAUAUUUUUCUAAAAAAUAUUUUAUUUCUUGAAACUCUCUAAUGAUAAUGUAUUAUUAUGUUAUUUUGAUAUUUUAUUGCAUUAUAUUUACUUCGCUUUAAAUUUUAAAGUUAUAAAUCGGAAAAUUAACAAUUUCAAGAAGUCGAUAAGAGAAACAAAUAUAAUAUAAUUAAGCUGCAUUAUUCUGAUAUCAAUGUACUAUGUUUCAACUCGAGGUCUAAAGUCUCAUUAGCUGCCAUUUUUGGCUAGAGAAAAAUAAUGCGCGUCGCGUGCUUCUAAUAACCUUCCAUAAAUUCGUAUUAUCUAAAGUCUCUCAGAUCUUUCCCCAAUAAACUGCUUCUGACCGCCUACUAUCCGGCAUUCUCUUCCGGCGUCCUUGCCGACCUUUGCGGCAAUCGCGGCGGAAAGCGCAUAAAAGCUGCAAGCGACCCACAGGUAACCUGCGCACCUGCGAACCAGUCGAAAGCGAUUGCGUAGACCGGAACGUGGCCGCGCAUCAGUGAGAGUCGAAAUCCCGCCUUGUCUACAUCCGUUAUUUUAACGAGAAACAUCGCGGACAAACAGCUUCGAUGUAUCGAAAUCACAGAUGACUCUCGACUUGCCAAGUCGAAAUGGCAACACAAUUAUCAGCGAAAUUAAUACUUAUGCCGAUUACAACUGCCUUUAUAACUUUCUAAGAGGAUUAAUAUUAUUAAUAGAUGUAUAUUAUCUGCAAAGAUCACAUGUCGUUAAUAUAUUUCUGUGAAAUGUAAUGUAACAUCGAUGUAAUUCAGCCGGAGGGAGAUUCGUUGUAUUUAUUAUUCAAAAAUAUGGUACUUCGGCAUGGCAAUAAAAUGCAUGGAAGGCCCUUUUGUGUUCAAACUAAAUGAGAACGGUACCGGACCGCAUUUACUUGUACAGGUUUGCACGGAAAGAGGAUGGCGGGAGUAUGCCGGCGAAAAUAAUGUAUUCAAAGAUCGAUGGAAUUUAUGGUGGCGGUCCGGAGGUUUCCCCACGUCACAUUAUAAGCCAUUACUCCCCUGGCAGUUUGUCAAUCGGAUACCAAAAGGAAAUUCCAUCUGCCGAAAGGAUAAACUGAUUCGUCACUUGAAAUGUAUGAAAAAAAUCCACGGUUCAAUUUAUGACUUCAGUCCCGCAGGAUAUAACUUGCCUUCCGAAUACACGAAAUUGGCCGAAGAAUGUAGUCGUUACGAGAAAGACUACAAAAUUUGGAUUUGUAAACCAGUUGGGCAAAGUCAAGGAAAAGGAAUUUUUUUGUUUCGCAAAUUAAGCGAUCUAUCAUACAACAAUGCCGCGGUUGCGCAAAGAUAUAUCGAGAAUCCUUUGCUAAUCGGCGGAUACAAAUUCGAUCUUCGCCUGUAUGUAUGCGUACCGUCAUAUCGCCCAUUGACGAUUUAUUUGUACAAGGAAGGUUUGGCCCGUUUCGCUACCGAAAAAUUUUCCUUGGAACGAUUGGACGAUCCGUUUCGACAUCUAACUAAUUUUUCCCUAAACAAGUUAGGACCAGGCUACUCAGAAAAGAAGGAACGCAUCGGUGCCGGAUGCAAAUGGACGUUUAGACAAUUAAGAAGAUAUUUCGAGCAAUCAGGAUACUUUGACUGGAUUCUAUGGCAAAAAAUCUCUUGUUUAGUGACUCUAACGAUCCUAAGUCAAGCGGCAGGCAUUCCUAAAUCCUCGAAUUGUUUCGAAUUUUUCGGUUUUGAUGUGUUAAUCGACGAGAAUUUAAAACCGUGGCUCUUAGAGGUGAACUUAAGUCCGGCUUUGAGUAAUGACUGUGAAGUUGAUUCGGAAGUGAAAAAGCCCCUAUUGCAUGAUCUAUUUGAUUUAUUAGGUCUUCCAGUGUGUAAUACCGGACUCUCCCUAUUUACAAUCUGGUCCUCCUCUGAUCGCGUCGAAGAGGACGAGAAGGAAAUGUCUUCCAAAUUUGGCCGCUCCACGAAAAAAAAAUCAAAACUCGGACGAGAAACCGAUGCUUUUCUAAAUUUCUCCCCGGAUACCCGAGCUACGUUAAGACAAUCAACUCCGGAAAUUUGUUCAACUGCCUGGUCCCAUUACAACCCGCUAUUAAUGGAUAAAUACAUACGUCGAGGAUAUAAAGGAAAUACGAUCGAGAAUUACACUUCCAAAACGAUUUGGGACAACGGCAGAGAUUGGAGGGUUUCCUGUGUAAAGGAAGGUGGAUGGAUUCGUAUUUGCCCGUUUACUCGGAUAAAACAUAUCGAAAACACGGAAAAUGUGAGACCGUCACCAAGAACUGUUGAGAAUGAGAUCAAGAAUAUGGUCCUUUCUAUACAAAAGUAUUUAAAAGUCGUAAAGGAAGUGCAACAAAGAAACGAAAAACUCACAGAUGAGCAAUGCAAUGCUCUUCUGCAAAAUGCGCUAGAAUUAAAUACGGAAGUUUGGCUGCCAGGAAAGUAAAAACCUAGAAGUCUGCAUCUUUUGCUCAUGUCCACAAUUUUCACAUCUAUUUAUUGUCUAUGCUUGUUAAUUACAGUAUUAUUUUAAAAAAUACUUUGUACAACUAUGUACAAUGUACAUUAUAAUGAAUGUGCAUCUCGCUCUCUUUAUUCCCCAUUGAGAUCUUUAUAAUAUACAUAUUAUAUUUAAUAUAUUUCAAAAUAAUUAAUUACAAAAUUUUAUGCAGCAAUCAAAUAUUUAGUAUUAAAUGUAGCCGUCUUAUGCUCAACUCAUAAAUAAAAUUAUUUUAUU